CGCAAAAAUUCUGUGACCAAAACGGAAGUUUUUCCCGAGGCUUUAUUUCCCUAAACAGCAAGUGCAUCCGACCGUGAUAUACAACUCGGCUCGGCCUUCGGGGCAAAGACACAGACAGCUAUGGGCGCUUCUUGGAUAUGGAUUCAGGGAACUCAAAGGAAAAGAAGCCAGUCCCGAAGUUCGCGAGCUUCCGACCAACUGCGGCGACCGCAGAUGUCAGCUCUGAACAUGGAAGGGGAACAGUUUCCAGCAGACAUGAACGGUCUAGACAUGAGUCUAGACAUUCACGACGUAGAGAUCAUUCUCGUUCGCGGAAGGAUGUACCAGAUCACUGUCGUGGGCAGCAUCCUAGGGAUAGCAACACGGUUUACUCCUCCAAAAUAGAGCGGCGUGAACGCACCCAGCAAUGGCCAAAUAAACGCGACGAGCAGGAAUUAUUCAUAAUAGAUAGACAGGGUGAUAAAUACAAUGUGGAAUACGGCAGUAUAAAUCGUUACAGUGUUCCACAAUAUUUCCGCUCGGGGUCAGGGAGUGUUAUUGGAUUGCCACCAGGUUACAGGAUUGAUCGCGACAAUGAGGAUGGAAAUACCGUGAUAAUCAGACACAGUACGGCUGUUUAUGAUAGUCCAAAGCAACAAUAUAGAGAAUUCCUUCGAAAGAAGCCAAAACGAGAGGCGAAAUUUCGAGUCAGGCCAGACUCGGAGCAUACCUCGUCUAUUGACGCUCAGAGAGAUUUCUUGCCAUUAACUUCCGAUGUGUCUAGCAAACGUAGGAGACUUCGCGGGGAUAUGCACCCCAGGGGAUCAUCACCCGAGGACAAUGGUACUGACUACAGAUCAAUCGAAGGCAAAGUUAAACCAUCCAAGGAACCUCCCGAGGGCUUGGAAGCUGUUUCAGACUCAGAUUUAGUUUCUGAUGAUGAAAAUGCCCGCCGUCGCAAUGCCGAUUUAUCCAGAAGAGUCACAGAACACCCGGAUGACGUUGAAGGCUGGCUGCAGCUCAUUGAACACCAGAACUCGUUGGUUGGAGUUGCUACUAGUGACGGGCUGCGCAGACUUACUACGGCAGAGAAAAGGAGCGUUGCUGAUAUUAAAAUAUCAAUAUACGAGAAAGCAUUGAAUAAAUUGCCACGGGAAGCUCGUCGAGAUCGUCUCCUUCUUGGUAUGAUGGAGGAAGCGGCAACGUUAUAUGACACCAAAACGCUCUCGAACAAGUGGAAGACCAUUCUACAAGCGAACCCGGAUUACAUGAACCUUUGGAUUAAAUAUUUGGACUUUCAGCAAACCCGUUUUGUUAAUUUUACCUACGAGCAAUGCCGGUCGAUUUUCAUCGACUGUUUGAAGAUCAAUGGAUUGCGCAAAGGCGGCACAGAGCUCAACAUCAUCAACGUUUAUCUUAUCCUGCGACUAAGUCGCUUUAUGCGAGAGGCGGGAUAUGUGGAGCAUGCUGUCGGUCUAUGGCAAGCAGUUUUGGAAUUUAAUUUCUUCCAUCCCACAUCAUUUGAUAUAUCAAAAGACCCCGCGACUGCGAUACCUGCCUUUUGUGAAUUUUGGGACAGUGAGAUACCGAGAAUAGGUGAAAUUGGGGCAAAAGGCUGGGACAGUGGGGCCAGUGCAGCUCCUGAUCCCAAGUCAGACCCUACUAGCCGGGAAAUAGAUCAAAGGUCGAUAUUUGAAUCCUGGGAGCAAUCUGAACGAUGGAAAAUUCGCCAUUCGCGCCUGCCGGCUCGCUCCUUGGACGAUGUUCAAGAAGACGACCCAUACCGAGUGAUAUUGUCCUCGGAUAUCAGUGAUUUUCUUAUUCCAUUCUCCCAUACACCCGAUUUACUGAUCGGUGCUUUCAUGAUGUUCUGUGGACUCCCUCCUCUAGCAACAUCUAGGAAAUCAGGCAUUCUCACCGAAUGGCGCAGAGAUCCAUUUAUUCGUAACAAUUUGCUAGAUGAUUUCGAUGAUCAAUCGUCGAGGUGGUUCUCGGAUAUGGUCCAUGGCGGACAAGAUACUGUGCAAGACCAACUAAACGCAUUUCCCCUCCCCACCUUUUUAAACAAUUCGGACACAUUGUUUGGCAAUGAAGCCUGGUUUUCAGAACUUCGAACCUGGCAGAGCACGUAUUUGAAUGAUCACAGCCCUCUUGACGGGGAAUGGGUUAAGAGAACACUGCGACACUUGGUGAAUCGUUUGCCUGAGCAAGAUGAUCUUGCAGAGUUUACUGUUGCCCUUGAAUUCCUUUCCAGUGCUGAGGAGGCAAAAAAAUAUGCGAAGAAUCUUCUGAAGAAACGUUCCGCGAACCUGCGGCUAUAUAAUGCCUACGCUCUGAUUGAAUGUCGCGGUGGUCAGAUAACGGCAGCGGAGCAUGUUUGGACCACAGCCUUAUCGAUGAGCGACAGUUUCAAGGAAGAGGAUAAAGUAGGCAGCAUACUCUUAUGGCGAACUUGGCUGUGGGAGAUUCUCGCCGACCAUAACAACGACAAAGCGCUUCGAUUGUUACUUGCAGUUUUUAGCGGCACUAUAGAUCCACGCGCCUUUGCCGAUGACGUGAAAUCCACCACAGAUAUUAAGCCUGGUGGAUUACUCAAGACUCAAAGGAUCCUCACUGAAAUUCGGGAGCAUGGUCUCACCUCUCGCAAACCUAACGUGUUUGUCAGUGCCGUAGAGUGCCUCGCAUUGUUGCUCUAUUUGGCUACGAGACUCGACAUUGACGCUGCUAUGAACGUUUACGGCACCAGUCAUUCCCGGCUCGUUGAACAUCGGCUAGAAAACACGGAAUUCGGAGAACUGCUCCUCCAGGCGAAAGCGAAGCUUUUGUAUCACCAUGCAACUUCAACCAAGAUAUACAAGCCCGCUCUCCUUCGCUCGGAGCUAACAGAUAGUAUUUCCCGCUUUCCGCAAAACACCUUAUUCCUCAGCCUCUUUACUUGGAACGAAUCUCGCUUCCGGAUCGAAGACCGCGUCCGCUCCCUGCUGCGCCAACAUACCCACCCAACAACAUGGAUUGGUGACGACGACGACAAGAAUUCAACAACGAGAUUUUCGACAAAAUCGACACUAAUCUCUCAUCUCUUUUCUAUAUACACCGAACUCCAUCGAGGUGUCUCAGCGGGGUCGACUGUCCAUUCCGCCCGUGCUGCUUUUGAAUCAGCCGUCACCACUCCUUCCGGACAAUUCAGCGCAUCCACCUGGAAACUCUACCUACUUUUCGAACUUGCGCUGUCAGAGUGGGGUCGUGCACGAGCGGUCCUAUACCGUGGGAUACGUUCUUGUCCGUGGGCGAAGGAGUUGGUGAUGCUUGCGUUCCGGGAGCGGGGACUACGAGAGGUAAUGGGACCGGACGAGCUGAGGAAAGUGUGGAAUGUGCUUGUUGAGAAGGAGUUGAGGAUUCAUGUAGAUUUGGAAGGUUGGUUUGAAGACAGGGGCCAAGGGGGGGCCGGAACUACUGACACUAGGGGUCUCCCUCUUCAUAUGCCUGAAGAUGCGAGUAGUGGUGAUGAUGAACUAGCAUGAUAUGGAGAAGGCAUUGCGGUAGGUGGAGGGUGACAUAAACGGUAUUCUACUUUUGAGGGGCAUCCGCUUUGCAUAUGUCUGGACUGAUACUCCUUCUGAGAAUGUGUAUAUAACUUUAUAGCAAAACAAGGCCUUGUAUGUUAUUUUGUAAACACCCUACUGAGAAUUGUCCUCCAUACAUUCACGACGCCAUCAAGAAGCAAGGUCACCAAGCGGACUGCACAACAUAUAUGAAAAAUAAAAAUAAAAAUAGAGCCAAAACACCAAGAACCCCUAUUUCCAAAUGAAUGAGCACAGAAUCACACCCGCAAUCAUCAAUCCCCCUCAUCACCUUCAUCUACAGCCGUCACCUUCGGAAUCCCUUCUUUCUCCCUCUCACCCCUCCUCCUCUUCACCCACUCACCCAG